AUGUCACCAAUGCCAUCAACUCCAUCAUCAUCUUCAACUUUUUAUCGAAAUCUAUGGCGUUUAACAGAACGGAAUAAGAAGCAAAAAAAUGAAAGCUUAACAAAUAGUCGUUCGAAUAGUGAUGAAGCGAUUAGCGAUCAUAGCAAUAUGCCACAGCAGCAACAACAACAACAACAACAACAGCAAUUACAACAAUCCGUAGAAGUGUCAUAUGGAGGAGCUGAGGAUUUGUCACCACCACCUAAAGGGUUUUGUUUUCAUUUAUGCAAAUACUAA